UUAAGGAAAGAAUAAGAACCUGGGAUCCACUUGGCCUCUCCUCAGACCACGCGAGGGUUCGAUUGCAAAUCGAUUAUCUAUAGGAAACAGUUUCUAGUUGUUUAUAAGGUGAGCGAAAAUAGAAAAGUAGAGAAAGGAUUGUGUAGCACUGCGUUCCCGAGCCAGAAAUGUGUAGGUAUGGUUAUUUAUGCUUUACGUGCAGGACAACUGCACAAGCGAUAUCAUCGGGACACGCGAUGUCGCCGAAACCUCUCACGCCUAUUCUAUCUAGUCUUGGUCGUGCCUUUGCCUCGACCCUAAGCCUUGCCACAGGAAACUAUUCUGCCAAGUGGGUGCUGGAUGACUGUCGAAAUCUUUUUUUUCGCUGUCUAGAUCAGCAUUUACUAGAAAAAAGUACUUCAAGGCAUCUGACCUCCGUAACAAGUGUACUAACCUCACUGUGAGACGUCAUGUAAUAUCUCGCCUAUUCUCCAUGUGAAACUUGAACAUUUAUGACUGAUAAUUCAUCGUUUCCGGUUUGAUUUCUGAAAAUGACGGGAACCGUGAGUUUUCUCGAAAAAUCCUCCAGCCGGGAUUCUCGACUAGAGGAUAUCGCGUCGGUUGAUAAGGAGGAACGGAAAUCACCGUUCAUGCGGGAACUUGGCGAGAGGAAGGAAGCUUCGAGGAAAGUCAGCCUCUUCACGAUCUACGCGAAGAUCUUCCGGGUUAUGCUGGCCAGGUGGGUCCAGAACACAGAUCCUAACGAGGAAAAACAUGUGCGGGAAUUGGAGGAACUUGUUCUACCGAGCAAUGAGGAGUGGCGUCGUCAAGUUUAUUAUCGUCUGGUGGAUCUGCAGCGUGAAAUCGACGCCGAAGGUGAAGCUGUGGAGAUUUUUAUAAUCAAGAAUAGGAUGACAGAUUUCGAGUUAAACGCGAGUUUCACUCUAAAUGAAACUGCAAACACGAUAAUUAUACUCUUUAACUCCGGUACCCACCGUCACUGUCAAUCUCCCAGGAUGGAGGCUGACGCGGAGAAAGAGCCAAAGGACAGCAAGGAAUGGGAAUGGCAGCCAACGCCGGGUGCCAAUGGAUAUCCUUUGCGUCCGAAAGGACGAAGGGAUACCUCGGCUGGUUCGUGGGAGGCAAUCGUAAGCGCUGGUGGCUCAAUGACGGAGGCUUGUAUCCAGCCGGGAUGGCGAGUCGGCGAUUUAAUCCUGGCAUCGAAAGUCCUUCAGAAACAAUCCUCACCACCGACGUACACUGACGAAGCAGAGAUGCGACGGGUCUUCGGACUUGUUUACGACGUGCUACGAUACAAAAAUAUUCUCAAUCAUGCCCUGGAGGAUAUUGGCUUCUGGUAUCAUCACCCGGAUUACAAACAUGAGGAGAGAAUCGUUUGGCUCCUUCUCUACGACAUGCAGGGUCGUAAGUUUGGUCGCCGGGGUGAGGUGAACGAGGUGGCUGAGCGCGAAAAGGCCUUCCAAGAAGCCGGUCUCAAAGAGAUCGAGGACGCUUUGCUCAAGGCGAAGACGCGCUUAGCCGCGAGUGUAUCGCGGCUCCGCAUAGGUGGCUCAGCCCUCAAUUUGAGCGAACUACUUCCGCAGCACCUUCGAACCGCCGAAGGCGUGGUUUGGGGUGAAAACGGAGCCGUAGCGUCCGGCUGGGUAAACACCCUCAAAAUAUCCAGUAAGAAAGAAUUCAUCCGGGAAAUGACCGGUCUGGGAUUGACCCUGUGCACGGACUGCUCCGCGGAGGAAAUCGACGAAGGAACAUUCCGGUUCGAUUCGACGUGUCCGAAAGUCGUCAACUUCCACGACGCUGCUCGAGAGACCAUUGCGAGGUCCGGCCUCGUUCGAAGUUAUCAAUUUGUUUUCAUGGAAAGGUCGUUGUGUUUAGGCGCAGCAGCGUUAGCACAGGCAGUGAGAAUGGGCCACCUCUGUGGUCCAGUAGUCCUGACUCAUGCCCUAGCGCCAAGACACACUGGCUACCUGGCGGGCCUCCUCGCAGACAUAGACGACGCUGGUCGACUCCUCGCAUUCGGCACAGGUCAACUGCGGCGAGAGUACGAGACGUAUCUCCGAAAUCUUGGAGUGACGCUUCAGCAGUGCCGUGUAUUCGCUGAGUCGUACACCUCGCCUCCGGGUUCCGCAGAACUGGAAAGGGCUACCAUAGUAUUGGCAACUCCACCAUGCAGCUAUACCGGUAUACGAGAUGCCGUUGAUCUGGCUGUUGCUCGAGGCGGUGAAACGCUGUUGUUGGAAGCCCUGACUGACAUCGACGGCGGACUUAGACAACCGCACACUCUGCUUGCCGAGCAGCUGGAAACCCUAAGACACGCUUUGACGAGGCCCAAUGUUCAGCUUCUGAUUUAUCAGGCGCACAGCAUUCUCCCUGCUGAAACGACGGAAAUGGUAGAGCAGGUGACACAGUACGCGAAUAGAAUGGCUGUUGAGAAAUACAUUCGUGAGCACUCGCCCAAAAGAAAAUUCCCAAGUAAAGAGGCUGGUAGUAGAAGCGCUAGGUCUAUCAAAUCCAGUAAGCGUAGUCAGCUGGCUCUUGAACUUCCCAAAACACAACCCGAAGACCGAAGAUCGACUUCAGUUUAUGACGAUGAGGACGAAGUCUCUAUAUCACCCUCGAUAGAGGACAAGGUGCCGGACAGCGAUUUGUUCGAAUUUGGUCAAGUGGAUGAGUUGUGCGGCAAGUCAUCAGAUAAAUUAGUGGACGGAGGCUGUUAUCUUGCACUGAUACGACGCAAGGAGAUGAUGCAGUUCAAUUCUCUCUUCAUGAUCAAAGUUGCCGAAGCCAAAGGUCUGUUCGGGGAUCCGAACAAGCAGCCUGCGCAACCAAAAGAAGAGCAGCAACCAUUACCGGUGCGACAAAGUUCACAGCAGAGUCGCAAGGGCUGCAAGCGUAACAAAAUUCAAAUGGAUCGGAUAGCAGCUCCAACGUUUUCAUCGAUGGUCAGAAACUUUCGGCACAACAGCACCUGUCCUCGCCAUAAUCAUCACGUUGCACACGAUGAGAGGAUAACUUUUGAACAGGUACGUGACGCCCGGCGUCGCGACGCUCGUCGCUGGUGGGACGAGCUGGCACCAUACUUGCUUCGCUCCUCGCCAAAAAUUCGCAAAUCUUCCGGCUUCCGAGCGACGCGAACUGACCCUAAAACAAGGAAGAUCUUCUACUCGCUCCACGUCGAGGAGAUCUCCUACAUGCAAGCGACUGGCACUGUUUUGAGCGCCUGACCAGUCUACGAGAGACUUUCAUUGUGGCUGCGUGAAUUGAUUACAAAAAAUAUUUGGACGUUUAUCCAACGUUUAGGGUUUUUUUUUCUUGAAUGGUUUCAACAGCGUUGGAACUGAGCUACAGAUGCAAAAACUACUAUUUCCGUUAUGAUCACCUUUUAUCCCUCACCUCACUUUUCCUCUAUCAUAGAUUCAGCGAGGUUCUCGGCUGUAGGGUUACGUUUUCGUCAUCUGCAAGUGACCUGCAUCUUGUCCAAUAUUACUGCGAUUUAUAACUGAGAGAUCGGUUGAGUAAUAUUCAACGUUUCCUGAUACCAUAAUGGUUCUACGAUGUAAAAUACCCGAUGAACGUAUAUUUCGCCAAAUUGGUGGAGCAAUAAAAACGUGUAUUUAGUGCAGAUACGAGGA